CUUCACAAAUGAAAACAUGGGAGGACGACACGUCGACUAGCCUGAAAUGGAGAAACCUGCGGGUUUGCUUUUGGCCACAGAGAGAUAUGGAAGCGGACAGUCCUGGAGCUACAGAGUAAAGAAUGGAGUGGUGGAGAGGAGGAGAGAUUCUAGCCAAGGUGGAUCACGAUCAAACUCGGUUGUUGACGUUUUUAAAAGUAUUUUCCUUCCUCAAGGCUACCCAGACAGUGUCAGUGGGGACUAUUUGCAGUACCAGUUCUGGGAUACUAUGCAGGCGUUUGCCAGCUCCCUGUCAGGGACUCUGGCCACUCAGGCUUCCCUCAAAGGUGUUGGUGUUGGAAAUCAAGAAGCAACUGUCGCUGCCGCCACAGUCACCUGGUUAUUAAGAGAUGGAACUGGCAUGCUGGGAAGAAUCCUGUUUGCUUGGCGGAAGGGGAGUAAGUUGGACUCUGAGGCCAAAAAAUGGAGACUUUUUGCUGACGUUCUCAAUGACAUUGCCAUGUUCAUGGAAAUCUGUGCACCUUACUUUCCUGCCUGCUUCACCUUGAUUGUGUGCACAGCAGGGGUAUUUAAGUCUAUUGUUGGAGUGGCGGGUGGUGCGACCAGAGCUGCUCUGACGGUUCAUCAGGCUCGCAGGGACAACAUGGCUGACAUCUCUGCCAAAGACGGCAGUCAGGAGACUUUAGUGAAUUUGGCGGGACUGCUCGUCAGUUUGAUCCUCAUUCCCCUCGUCACUGAUAAUCCAGGACUCACUCUCGGCCUCUUCUUCUUCUUCACCAUCCUUCAUCUCUUCGCCAACUACAAGGCCGUACGUUCCGUUGUCAUGGACACCUUCAACGAAGCCCGGCUUUUUAUUGUGCUGCAGCAGUACCUAAAGGACAAGAGAAUCCUUAGUCCUCUGGAGGCCAAUCAAAGAGAACCAGUUUUCUUUGAGUUUGUGAAAAGUGCCCCAAUCAGACUCGGAGUUAGGCUGCAGGAGGUCGUACAGAGCCCAGAUGAACUAAAUAUGGCUUUGAAGGAUAACAACAUGCCUUACCUCUUAGGGAUCAGAAAUGGCUGUGUGAGUGUUUGUUUGGGACCAGAGGCGUCAGUAUCUGAUGAAAUCAGGGCCAUGUGCCAGGCUGUGUGGCUCAGCUGCACAUUGACAUCCAGGGAACAUUCAUGUUCUACACCAAAGCAGCAAAGCCCCUGGGACAUGGUGUGUGAAAGUCACAAGCUGAUGGAUGCAAACUUCUAUCCAUUCCUCCAAGGUGUUGAAGCUGCUGGAUGGGAUGUAAAACGAACUCUGCUGGACUGGGAUGAGUGGAGAGUCGGGUGGAAAACGAAAAGCACCUGAGCUGCUCCAUGAUAUUCACAUGAAUCAGUGUUUAUUAAAUAAUUGUAUUUUUCAAUACUGGUGU